UUUUGUGUUUCCGUUGGUAGUUCCUGGAACUGUCAACGUCAAAAAUUGGUGAUUUGGAAUGUUGAUGUGGUUCUUUUAAAGAAGAUAAAAUGUGGAAAUCUAUAUUAUUAUUGCUUUGUAUAACGUACGUUCACGGUGCCGAGAAGGUAAAUAAACAAAUAAUCAACAAAAAUGUAGAAAGAUCGAUCGAUUUAACGUCGCAAUUAGUAAAAAUAUCAUCCGUCAUAACCAUUGAAAAUGCCGGCAAGGAGUCGGUUCAAAAUUAUUUGAUCGUUGUUGAAUCGCCGGUAAAUGGAAAUUUGUCAAUAAUCACCGUUAAAGAUGCGCUUAAAGAGGACGUCAAGUUUAAGCCUGCAGAAAUCGAGGGAAGAAAAGAUUUAACUGCUUACAAUGUUAUCUUAAAACAACCACUUGAUAGCGGGCGCGCUACCGUUAUCACUGUGGAAACUAUUUUCACUAAAUCUUUGGUCCCACAUCCCACCAGUAUAUUGCAGAAGGAAAAACAGUUGGUUAGGUAUUUUGGAAAUGCCUACCUAUACUCCCCAUACAACACGAAAAAACAAACAACCAACGUCGCCUUAAGCUCGAGAAGCAUUGAAAACUACACCAAACUUAAACCAUCCAGCCAAUCAGACUCCACCAUCACAUACGGUCCAUUCCAAGACAUCCAAAGUUACAGCAAUGAGGAAAUUGUGGUGCACUAUGAGAAUAACGCCCCAUUCUUGACUGUGUCAAGGUUGGAGAGAAACAUUGAAAUUUCCCACUGGGGUAAUAUUGCCAUUGAAGAAAACAUUGAGAUUCACCACACUGGAGCCAAAUUGAAGGGGCCUUUUUCAAGAUAUGACUACCAGAGGGAUUCGGGCAGUGCCCAUAGCAUUAAAUCUUACCGUACAAUUUUGCCAGCAGCUGCUCAUAGCAUUUAUUACAGAGAUAGCAAUGGUAAUAUUUCAACCUCAAAUGUUAAAACCCGUAAUGAAUGGACGGAGUUGGAGUUAAAGCCUAGAUUCCCCUUGUUUGGAGGAUGGCAAAGCUCUUACACUUUGGGCUACAGUGUACCGAGUUACCAGUAUUUGUACAAAAACAAACUGGGAGAGUAUGUGUUGAACAUGAGGUUGAUUGACCAUGUUUUUGACGAUAUGCAUGUUGAGGAACUGGAGACUUCUAUUGUUUUGCCUGUAGGUGUUAGCAAUAUUAGGGUUAAAACUCCAUAUGAGACUAAAAGGUUGGAUGAUGGAGUUACCUAUAAAUAUUUGGACAGCAUUGGAAGAACCAUCAUCAAACUAAGAAAAAACAACCUCGUUGAGCAACACAUUCAGGACUUUGAAAUUAAAUACGAAUGGAAAUUCACCUUAUUGUUCCACGAACCUCUUUUGCUAACACUUGCAAUGUUUGUUUUGUUUGUUUUUGCUAUUAUUUAUGUAAGGUUGGACUUUUCCUUGAAAAAAACAGAACACCAGAAGAAAGAAUAAGUGUGCAUUUUUCUGCUUCAGUGUUUCCAAUUGAUCUUUUUUAUUUUAAAAGUUUUCUUUAAUAAAAAAUCCACUGA